AUGGGUGACGCUUUGGACCAUCUUGCCAACCGCACCAAGCUAGAAUGGCAGUGCAACCUCGACAUCGACUAUCAGCCAAAGAAGCACCACCGCAGAACCAGCAUCAUCUGCACCAUUGGCCCGAAGACCAAUUCUGUUGAGAAGAUUACCAUAUUGAGAAAGGCUGGCCUGAAUGUGGUCCGAAUGAACUUUUCUCACGGCUCAUAUGAGUACCACCAAUCUGUCAUUGACAAUACCAGACAGUCCACCAAAGACUAUCCUGGCCGUCCUGUUGCAAUUGCCCUCGAUACGAAAGGACCCGAGAUCCGAACGGGAAACACUCCAGGAGACAAAGAUAUUCCCAUCAAGGCAGGGCUUGAAUUGAACAUUACCACCGAUGAUCGAUACGCUACUGCGAGCGACGACAAGAACCUGUACGUUGACUACAAGAACAUCACCAAGGUGAUCGAUGCUGGCAAACUGAUCUACGUUGAUGAUGGCAUUCAAUCUUUCGAAGUCCUCAAAGUCGUUGAUGACAAGACUCUCCGAGUACGAGUGCUUAAUGAUGGACAAAUCUCUUCCAAGAAAGGUGUGAACCUGCCCGGAACAGAUGUUGACCUUCCGGCCUUGUCAAAGAAAGACAUUGCGGACUUGCAAUUUGGUGUCAAGAAUGGAGUCGACAUGAUUUUUGCUUCCUUCAUCCGUCGAGGAGAGGAUAUCAAACAUAUUCGAAAAGUGCUUGGCGAGGAGGGCAAGGAGAUCCAAAUCAUUGCAAAGAUUGAGAACCAGCAGGGUAUGAACAAUUUUGACGAGAUUCUCGCGGAGACCGACGGUGUCAUGGUCGCACGGGGAGAUCUCGGCAUUGAAAUCCCAGCUGCAAAGGUUUUCAUUGCCCAAAAGAUGAUGAUUGCCAAGUGUAACAUGAAGGGCAAGCCUGUUAUCUGUGCAACACAGAUGUUGGAGUCGAUGACUAACAACCCAAGACCAACGCGAGCUGAGGUCUCUGAUGUUGCAAAUGCCGUCCUCGACGGGGCCGACUGUGUCAUGUUGUCUGGUGAGACCGCCAAAGGCAAUUAUCCCAGAGAGGCCGUGACCAUGAUGCAUGAAACCUGCUUGUUGGCGGAGGUUGCGAUUCCCUAUGCCAAUGUCUUUGACGAAUUGAGAACAAGCUGCCCUCGACCCAUUGAGACCGUGGAGUCCAUUGCCAUUUCUGCUGUGGGCGCCAGUAUGGAAUUGAAUGCCGGCGCCAUUCUUGUUCUGACCACAAGUGGUCACUCGGCCCGACUUCUCUCCAAGUAUCGUCCAGUUUGUCCCAUCAUCAUGGUGACACGAAAUGCCACUGCCUCACGCUAUGCUCAUCUCUACCGUGGAGUUUACCCAUUCCACUUCCCUGAGCCCAAGCCAGACUUCCGUGGAGUGGACUGGCAGAAAGAUGUCGACAAGCGUUUGAAAUGGGGGAUCGCAAGUGCCAUCAAAUUGGGUGUUUUGACUCAAGGAGACAGUGUUGUCUGCGUGCAAGGAUGGAGAGGUGGUAUGGGCCACACCAAUACCAUUCGUGUUGUUCCGGCAGAGGAAGAUUUGGGUCUUAAAGAUUGA